GAAAAAGUGAGUUUAAUGCCUGCGAAGCCCUUGGCCUUCAUGUGUUAAGGAAGAUCCAAGAGGGAGCUGUUGUAAGCCUUUGGAGUCUGAUGUGCUUACAGUUUAUGAGAGUGCUUUGGAAAGGGCAGUGGUCACUGCCACUUACAAAGUUAGUAGAGGAUGUCAAGUGGCUUGUAAGCCUGCUAGAUAAAAUUGGUGGAAAAGUUGCAAUUGAAGGAAUAUUUGAAGAAGCUUUGAUGAAGAAUUUGGAUGUUCAUAAUCAAAUAGCUUGUUUAAGAGAAGAUGGUGAUGUAUAUAUACAGCAGAUCCACCAACCUGGCGCACAAGUUUUGCAUUCUCAAAAUAAAAAAGUGAACUUAACAAGUGCAACUGUAGAACAUGCUGUCAUUCAUUUGAUGUUACAACACUACAUCAACCAGAGCAUUCACCUUUUAAUCCGACCUGCUCUUGUUGCACAGGCCCUGGUAUCUAUGGUUGAUCAUAACCCAGUAUGCCCUGUUGAGGGAGAAAACAGCCUUGUUAGUAAUGGUGUUAAUCCUGAAAUGCAAGAAAGAUUUAUGUCAGAGUUGCAAGCACGCUUUGUUUUUCUCCGAUCACUUUUUGGAUGCGAUUUUAUCUUUGAGAAGGACAGAGAAGGAAAGGACUUCAUGGAGGGACUGGCAUUAUUAACUUGGUGUGGUGAAGUUAAUGUUGUACAGGGUGCCAUUCACAGGGUGGAGCGCAAUGGCAAGGUUAUGAGUACAUUACUUGACCUUAUCAGACCCUUUACUGUAGCAUAUUCCUGUACAGCACAAACAAUGACCUCUGAAACUUUGUUGGAUAAUGGGGCACUGGUUUUGGCAAUUCAGGGAAAUAUUGAGAACGUUGUCUCUAAGAAUGGAGUUUACUCAGCACUUUCGUUAGAUACCAUCCGUCAUGCUGUAAGAACUCUCUCAAAAAUAGGGGCUGUCACAAAAACAUGCAGAUCCGGUGGGCAGGUAGUUUUGACUCCUAAUGAUGAAAAACUACAUAAUAUAAGUGAAGCUUUAAAUAGAAUUUCUCUAACUCCUUUACAGUCAAAGCUUUGAAAUCAAGAGAGUAAAUUUUGUCUUCCUUUUCUUACCAUAGAAAAGUAAAGAACAUUUGUAUUUUUGUAAAACAUACAAGUUUUAGUCAUUUUUCUACCAUUGUAGAACAGAUUAGCUGCAAGCUCAAACUAUGUUUUGUAAGGAAUGGAAGGGAUUGGAAUUAACUUCAUAGUUAUGAAAAGAAACUUUUCUUAUAUGUAUACUGCUUAUUUUUGUUUAAAACUUUUUUUUUUAGUCUGAACUAUGGUAAAGAUUAUUGUAAUGCUACCCAAUCAGAUAUUAAUGUUAACACAAAUUUUUCUUAGCCAGGAAGACAACUACCUGGUAAUUCGUUAUAAUCUUGCUAGUCAUUCUCAUUUUGUGUCUGCAGUGUGUACAUCUGCAUAAAUACUUUAGUGUGAACAUCAUUAGGGUUUCAGAUAUGGUAUUGAUAUUAAAAAUAUUCAAAUACCAUUAACCUAUAUGUAGUCAUCUAUAUUUAAGUAAGAUAUUAUUACAUAACAAAAAUGUCUCAAAGAAGAUAUUCUUUAGUGUCAUAUAUCAUCUCAUAUAAAGUGUGCGCACUGAUCUGCUAAAGCCUAAGAUUACUAUUCAUGGGUAAUAGUGAUUAUUUAAUGAUCACGGAGUUCCUGUGAAAUAAAUGAAUUAUGUGGUUCUCUAAAACAAUAUUGGAUUAAAUGUUAGGGCCAUAUGAUUUGAAUCAUUACCACUAGAUGAAUAUUUUAUAUUUUGUUUAAAGCAUUUAAUGCUCAUUUAUAGCUUUAAAAUAUAUAUAUAUGUACUGUGAUUUCAGUUUGUUUUGGGCAUGUUAAUUUAGCAUUUCACAGUGUGCUACAAUUACUUUUAUAACAAGAGCCACUGUUGGUCAUCAUGCUUUUGUAUUUAUGCAAGAGUGGUUAGCCUGAAAGGCUAUUUAUAUUAAACAUGCAGUAUUUAUGUUCCAAUACACAAAUAAUUAAGAUUGAAUUAUACCUCCAUUGAAUUGUGCAUAUUAUCUUGUAUGAAUUAUCUACCUACAUUGAAAUGUGCAUAUGAUCUUGUAUUAUAAAAAGGAACUGUUACUGUAGAUGGUCUUUAUAUCAUACACUGUAUCUAGUACAAUCUUUUGACAGGAUAAAACUUUUACUGUGAGAUUUUCCCAAUUGUCAUUUUGUCAUUCAUUCUGGUAUAAUACUGUACAGCGGAAUAGCAUGACAGUAUCUUAUCUGGAUAUGUAGCAUAGAUGGUGCAGUUAAACAGAAUUUGUUUAUAAAUAAAAGAUUACCAUUUUUUUAAAUUGUGAGAAAUGUUUUAAAGGUAAGCUUUUAGUGUUGUUGUAAUGUGUGAGGCAAUUGACAGUUUAUCUUUCAUUCAAGAAAAAUUAUUUCUUCCCCACCAACUGAUUUUCAACAUUUAAUUCUUUUGAUUGUCACCAGUAAAGGUCUACUUAAUAUGGUAACAUUUUGAAGGGGAACAUCCACAUUGAAACUAUAACAGACAUCACAAAUCAUUCUAAUUUUGUAUCUUAAAACCAUUAACCCCAAGUUGAGUAAGUAAUUUAUUACAAUGCAUUAAAUACUUGCAUGAAUAUGCUCAUCACCUUACAUGAUUUAAAAUACAGUAGUACUCGACAAGAUAGUAGGCUGCUUAUCAUCAAGCAACCUAAUAUCUUGUUGAAUUUUGAAGGAACGGAAAAGUUUGGAAGAAAUUUUUUCAGUUAUUAGGCUGCCUACAGCAUGAAGAGAAAGGGGUGGAGCAUGGACAUUGACAAGAAGGGAGCGCUCAGUCACUUGUCUGUAGGUUUAGUAAGCAGCUGUAUAUAUUUUUUGGUCAGUGCUCCAACUGCUAUUUUUGCCUACUAUGUAUUACUUUAUUACCUGUGACCUUAAUAUGGGCCAAGACGAUGAUUUGAGUCAACAGACAAUAGCAGAGAUAAGUGCAUUGAAGCAAUCUGGCCUUAAAACAAAGCAGAUAUCAGAUCAGUUGGGUGUGAGGAGGCAUUCAGUUCGACACUGGGUUGCCAGAUUUAAUGAAGGUGGCAACUGGGGGAGCCCUGGUAUGCCUAAGACAACCUCUGAUCGAAGUUUGAUUGUUCUCAGGCAUCAAUUAGUUUCUAAUUGACGCAUGAGAAUAGUCAAACUUCGAUCAGAAGUCUUCUUAGGCAUAUCAGGGCGCUUUUUCUGAGACGGAAUCUCACAGCUGCCACCUUAAAUUUGGCAACCCCGCAUCGAACUGAAUGCCUCCUCACAACCAGCUGAUCAAAUAUCUGCUUUGUUUUAAGGCCAGAUUGCUUCAACGUCAUAUCUCUGCUAUUAUGUAUCUGUUGACUUAAAUCACCAUCUCUGCCCAUAUUAAGGUCACAGGGGGCAAUAAAUUGAUACGUAGUAGGCAAAAAUUGCGGUGGGAGCACUGACCAAAAAAUAUAUAGUCACUUAUUUAACGUCCAAGCAAGUGAUGAGCGCUCUCUCCUUGUCUCAAUGUCCAAGCUCCACCCCUCUCUCCAUAUGCUGUAGGCCGCCUAAUGAACUAACAAAAUAUCUAACCAACUUUUCUGUUCCUUCAAAUUUCAACAAGAUAUGAGGCCGCUUCAUGCUAAGCGGCCUAAUAUCUUGUCGAGUUCUGUAUAUCUAAGUACCAUGUAAACUCCUGUGUCCAGGAAGUCAUUCUUGGUCAGCAAUUAAUAAUUCUGGUACAGGGUCAAGUUCAGUUCCUACUCUUAGUAUGUGGAAUGAUGAAAUACAUUAACAAAUUAAAGAGGGCUGAGCCUACAGUAGGAUUAUGGCAGUCAUGAACACUAAAAGAAAAACUUCAAAACAUUUAUUAUCACACCUGAGAAAUGGUUAAACCCAUUUAGUAGUCACUUGUGGCUGCCCCUCCAGACCCAACUCCUGUUUGUAGAAAAUAUAGUACAACAUUAACAAUAAAACAUGCUUUAUAUGAAUGCCCAAAUUUCAUUGUACAGCAAACUACAAGUAUUGGACAAAUUCCUAAAGAAAUCUUGUCAGUCAACAACAUACAUAUUCUGUUUAUCUUGUUAUAAAGCUUUUACAAAGAUGUAACUUUUCAGAUAUGGUAUAUUUAAUGUUGUUCUGUUUCAUUGGAACAAUCUUCUGGCCAAAUGAACUUUGCCAAAUUAUGCACAAUCAUGUCUGCUAGUAAUACUGUUAAAAAUCCAAUUUUCUGAAGUUUCUAUUUGACAGUAGUAAUGUGUGUGACAUACCUAAGACUCAUUUAUGAACAAACUUUAGAAUAUACAGAAGAGGCAAUUGAAAAAAAUGUACAGAAGAGGCAAUUCAAAGAAAAAAAAUCAUCAUUCUAGGAAAAUUAUAAGGCAUUUCAUUUUAACAGUUCCAUACAUCCAUUUGGUAAAACACCACAAAUAAGUCUUUCUAUGGAGCACAAAGGAUAUACAGUGGACCUCCGUAUUCGCAGGGGAUAGGCGACCCCCACCCACAAGUAGGUAAAAAAUGCAAAUACUUGACACCUCUUAUGACAUUUAUAUAAAAAAUGGUAAUACAUACAGUUAAUGCUUAUUUCUAGUUUAAACCAUAAAUAUGACAAACUUAUGUUCCCGGACCUUUUUAAUUUCAUUUAAAAGUUAGCUUAAUACCAUACUGUAAUUCAUAUUUCAUUACAGCAGUAAUGCAAUUGUUUUAGAGGCAGAGAGAAUAACAUGCGAAAGAGGAGAAUAACUCCUACUUUAGAUACCAAAAGAUGGAAAUCCAUGAGCAUCUGUAGGCAACACUUCUUCCCCUCUGCAGUCAAUAUGUCAAACUGUUAAGUAAAUUGGCAUUUAACCCCUUCCCUCCUUGCUGGAAGUCCACAGACAAAGACUAGGAAUCAGUAUUUGUUUAAAAUGUUUAAUUACUAUACAAAUGCAAAAAGUUUUAAUUAUAGCAUGGAAAAUAUUAUAUCAUUAGUAUUAUUAUCAUUAUUGGAAAAUUCUUAUUAGGCAAAUCAUUUAUUUAUCAUGCAAAACAAAUGACCAUGUACAUAUUACAUAGGCAUAAAGUUCUCUCAUCUCGGUAAGAGAGAGAGAGAAAAUUAUUUUUAUUGUUCAAUAUUAUUUAAUCAUUAAAAUUAGAAUUGCUGAAAAUUAGCAAACCAUUUUUAUCAUAAAAAAUUUAUUUAGUCGUGAAAAUAACAUCAAAAUACACUAAUUAGUGAAUAUUUCUCGAUGGAAAAGUCCACAAAAUGCCGAAUAUUUCGCAAAUAAUUUAUAGAUAUGUUCCACACAAAAAACCUGAAUACGGAGGUCAACUGUACUAAAGUACAUACUUGUUUUUCUUCAUGAUUUUGAUAAUUAGAAAAUGUUCCAAAAAAUAAAGAUAAGUAAGUAUUCCAAAGAAUAAAAAUUACUUACAUGUGUAA